AUGCAUCAGCCACCUCGGGGCCAGCAACAGCCAGAGCCGGUGCCUGCUCAAACAGAACCCACGCCCUCAACUCCACAUGUCACCGUGUCAGCAUCAGCACCACCAGCAGCAUCCCCAGCGGCACCACCACCAACAGAACCACCCAUACCGCCGUCCUUCGCCCGCCGCAAGGCGGCCAUCCUGGCGCAGCUCGCGGUCCCGGACGACGAGUACACGGACCUCAGCCCCAAGGGCACGGUCGACGCGGGCAUCAGGGACCUGAUCGACGAGAUCAACGGGCUCGCCGGGCUCGUCACCACCAGCAGCUGCGCCGGGCGGGUCAGCGUGUUCCUCGAGGGCCGGAGGGCGGGCAGGGGCGGCCCCGCGGCCGCGGACGAGAGCCACCAGCUGCCGGGCCACCCGCUGGCGGUCGUGGAUGGUGAAGGGGACGGGGAGGACGUGGAGGAUGGUGCGACUGUGGGUGGUGGCGUGAGGUCUGGCGGUGGCGAUGGUGGUAGUAAUAAGGACACGCCGUCAGCCUCGGCAGAGACUGUCGCGGGCGUGGGCGGCAAGGGCGGCGGGGGCAGGUGGCUGUUUGUCUCGCAUGAGCCUGUCGAGUCGCACGGCAAGCUGGACAGCGAGCCCAAUAUCGUGGCUGCGCUGCUGGGCAUGGAGGAGCCCAUCUUUGACGGGAAGGAUGGUAGUUCGGCGGAGGAGAUGGGAGAGAGCAGGUUGAUCCAUUUCAAGUUUGAGCCUAUGAUCUUACACGUCCUCACGGCGUCGCCUCAACACGCCCAGCUCAUACUCCGCUGUGGCCUACAGGCUGGCUUCCGUGAGAGCGGAGCCAUCAACCUCAUCCCAUCGCCAACGGCCUCUUCCUCUACAUAUGACGCAGCAUCAGCGACACCCAUCGUGGCGAUCCGCUCAAUGGGGCUGGGUCUGGAGAGCCUGAUCGGGCGGGAGACGAACGGGAUCAAGCACUGCACCGUGUCUGUGGAGUACCUCCGGGCUCUGGUUAAGAUCGCCAACGAGAGGUUUGCCGAGAACACGAGGCGGAUUGCUCGCUUCAGGACGUACCUGAAGGAGGCCACGGCCGGGGAGAAGCGGAAGGGGAGGAAAGGAGAAGGCGGCGGCGACUGGGAGGACGCCGAGGUCAGGAGGGAGAGGAAGAGGCUUGAGGGCUUGAAGAGGGCGGAGGAGGCUAGGAAGAUCAAAGAACAGCAACAGAAACAGCAAGAGAGCGAGGCUGAUGAGACUCCGGGCCUGGACUCGCUAGAACAAAUACCAUAA